ACCAUCCAUUUGUACGUUGUAAUUUCUGAAUACAACAAACACCAUGGCCAGAGAAGUUUUUGUCAUUUCUCAACCAAUUCUCAUUCAGCUAUUAUAGAAUUUAGCUUUCCAUUAUAUGCACGGAAAACGCAAGAAGGGCCAAAGGUGGCAGCUUCAACUGUCGCCGUAGUGGCCACAGGAAGGUGGUGGAAGAAAUAAAACAUGGUUAAUCCAGAUUUCUUGAAACCCCCUGAAAUUGCAACGUAUAAUGUUCGAGGGAGUCGACCAGCUGCAGGUGUUGAGAAAUUAUGUUAUCUCACUGAUACCGUUACAGACAAUGGCAUCUGGGAAGAAAUAAAUCCUUUGCAAUCCAAACUCCCAAUCUUCAUUUUUCAACUUGCUAUUGUUCUUUCUGUUACCCGCCUUUGUUUGCUCUUGCUCAAACCUCUCCGUCAACCGCAUUUUGCUGCUGAGUUGCUGGCUGGUAUACUGGUGGGAUCAACAGCAAUUGCAAGUGAUUUUGUACGAAAACAUGUUACAGUACUGGGUUCUGUGUUUGCAGCCUCUCGAAUUAUGAUGAUGGAAACCGUAGGAAACCUUGGACUCAUUUAUCAUGUAUUUCUUCUUGGAUUAGAAAUGGACUUGAGAGCAUUAACAACUGUUGGCCCCAAAGCCCUUUGCAUUGGUAUCUCUGGAGCUCUUUUCCCCUUUCUUUUUGGAGCUUCCGUGUACACUUUUGUCCCAGAGUAUCCAAAGACUUUUAGGUGGGGUUGCCUUUAUUGGGGUGUAGCACUCUCAGUCACAGGCCUUCCUGUUAUAGCUGAAAUCUUUGCAAAAUUAAAGCUCCUCCAUUCAGAAAUUGGAAGAAUAGCCAUGUCUUCAGCUCUUGUUAAUGAAUUUUCCUCUUGGGCUCUCCUUGUACUCUCAUUAGCAAUAACAAGUAGCAACUCAAGUACGUACUUGUCAUUGCUUAGUGCUGUAGUCUUCAUUAUUUUCAGUAUUUUUGUAAUUCAUCCAGCACUUUUAUGGGCGAUUGGGAAGACCCGAGAAGGAGAAGACUAUAGUGAAGCGACAGUUUGUACUUUACUCACAACGGUCUUGGCUUGUGGGUUGAUCACUGAUAUAUGUGGAUUGAGCUCAUUGCUUGGUGCAUUUGUGUUUGGUCUUAUCAUACCACCAGAUUUGUUGGGGCAUAGGUUUGUGUUGAUGCUACAAGGUUUUGCAUCUGACUUACUGCUGCCUCUUUAUUAUUCUAGUUUAGGAAUGAGGACUCAUCUUGGGGGAUUUAACUGGGAGGACAUGCUUAUGAUGGUUCUAGUUUGUUUCUUGUCUUUCAUACCCAAGAUUGUUUGCACUAUGGCUAUUUGUUACUUCUAUAGGAUGUCGUUGCACGAAGGAUUUACUCUUGGAGUUCUGAUGAACACCAAAGGCCUGAUAGCUGUCCUGUCAAUGAGCUUGGGACGUGACCAUACUGUCAUGAAUGAAGAUGGAUUUGCCAUCAUGUUGUUUACUAUUUUUUUUAUGACCAUAGCAACAUCGCCAGUUGUGAACUUCCUCUAUAGACGUACUAAAAAGUUCUUACCAAGCCAACACAGGGUGUUACAGAACCUAAAACCAGACGCUGAGCUCCGAAUGCUUACCUGUAUUCAGGAAGUACAAACUGUGACUGGAAUUGCUGCACUUCUAAAAUUCUCUCAUUCCUCCAAAAAGUCCCCGAUUUGUAUCUUUGCUCUUCAGCUCAUGCAGCUUAAAAAACAUACUACUGCUCUGCUCAUUGUUCAUGGCGCUGGUGGGACUAGCUCAGAAAGCAUAAGUAGAGUAGACGGACAAAUAGACCAAUUAAUUGCGGCAUUCAACAACUUAGAGCAUCAAUGUCCAAUGCUAUCUGUUCAGCUAUUGACUGCUAUAUCUCCGUACAACACAAUGCAUGAAGAUAUAUGCAGUCUUGCUGAGGAAAAACAGGUGACACUAAUCAUUCUCCCAUUCCACAAGAGACAGACUAUCCACAAUAACAUGGAAGAAACGAAUCUUGCUUACAAAGAUGUAAAUAAUAGUACUUUAGCAACUGCACCUUGUACUGUUGGUAUUCUUGUUGAUCGUGGUUUUGGCACAUUGUUACCUACUAAAGUAGAUGAUGGUAAAGCCCGGAGUUGCAGAAUUGCCAUGAUCUUUAUAGGGGGGCCUGAUGACAGAGAGGCGUUAGCCUAUGCUUCGCGCAUGGCGAGACAUCCGAUGGUAGCUCUAACAAUCUUGAGGUUUAUUGCUGAUGAAAGUUCAGCACAAAAUGGUGAUGCAGAUCUAUCUCUCUCAAUGGACAUUGAAGCUGAAAAACGAGCCGAUGACAUUUUGAUAAACGAGUUUAGGCACAAGGUACAGAAUGAUGUGUCAGUUGAUUAUAUAGAAGAGAUGUCUAGUAAUGGGGCAGAAACUGUGAAAAUAAUAAGAUCACUUGGUCAGGAUUUUGAUCUCUAUGUAGUAGGAAGAGGAUUGAGCUUCUUUUCGCCGCUCAAAGGUGGUUUAGAUGAGUGGAGUGACUGCCCAGAGCUAGGGUCCAUUGGGGAUCUGUUGUUGACAUCAGACUUUUCCUCCACAGCUUCAAUUUUAGUGGUGCAACAGCAUGCACAGUUUAAUCCUGGAUCAUCAACUCAAGGAAAUUCAAUUCUAUGAUACAUUAAAUACCAUGCUAUUAUUCUUGUGAGGGUUGAGAAAUGAUUUAGCAUUUAGCUAGCUUGUACAUGAAAUUUUCUAUUUUUCAUUUUUAGAGGGAUUUUUUUCCCCUCUAAAUAGCUAUCUACCUUGAAUUUAAAUUUCUUAUUUAUGUAUUCUUUGAUAGAUCCACUUAUAAUUGAGGGUGAUCCAAUGAAAAUAGUUGUGCCUCACCCCCAAACAAAAAGUUGUGAUCGGUUACAUAAGUUUUCUUCUGUACUUAGAAUCUUCUCAUGUCAACAUAUAAUAUACACACCCAUCGUCCCAAUUUAUAUGA